GCCUCGUCGGUGCAUCUGCUGGUAGCGUGCCAUGGCCUUUGGGGCCAGCCGAUCCACCUCAACUACAUGAUGAAGAAGCUGGCCGAGGACAAGGGUGGCGAGAUCUCGCCACUUGGCGUGGAUCCUGACAAAACGACAGCAGCAGCAACAUCCUCCAGCAGCACCUCCACCGCAACAGCUUCAGCACAACCGCAGCUAGUCAUCCUCAUGAGCAAGACCAACAUGGACGCCCGCACCUACGAUGGAGUUGACUGGUGUGCGGAGCGCACAGUACAAGAGAUCGAGCGCGAAGUCAGGCGGCUGCGCAAGAAGGGCAGGAAGAUCGUCCGCUUCUCGAUUCUGGGCUAUUCGCUCGGCGGGCUCAUGGCUCGCUACAUAGUAGGCCUGCUCUAUUCGCGUGGCUGGUUCAAGGACGUGGAACCGUACAGCUUCACCACUCUAGCCACGCCGCACAUUGGCAUGCCCAUGGCAAGCGGCUGGUUCUAUAGAGUUGCAGGCGUAGUCGGACCCAGGCUGCUGGGCCGUACAGGACGCCAGCUGUACGCAAAGGACAAAGGCUGGGACACCUCAGACGAAGGUGACGAUACUCCCUUGCUGCUGGCAAUGACGCGCCCGGACUCGUCCUUCAUCAAAGGUCUGCAGCUCUUCAAACAUCUAGACAUCUAUGCCAGCGCAACAAGUGAUACCACCGUGCCGGUCAAGACGGGCGGUCUAAUGAGCGUGGACCCGUGGAAGGGCUGGCCAGAAGGAGGCGAUGAAGAUGUAGACGGCCGGGGCAUCACGAUCGAGCGAGACCCCAAAUACCCUGCUCUUGUCACUGCCAUCAACAUCCCCUCCCACCGGCCAAAAAAGCCAAAUCCUGCCACACGGAUUUACAGGGCCGUCGUACCAAGACAGUUGCCCUUCCUUCUCAAGCCCUCGGCGUUGCCCUUUCCCUUCCCUCUUAACUGGGUCUACGUUCUUUUGGCCCCCGUCUCGAUCCCACUGUUCUUCACCCUCAUCAUCGUGCGUCUCGCCAAGGGAUCCCAAGAGAGUGACCGCCGCGUCAAGGAGAUCGAAGCAGAAUGGCUCAAGGGAGACCAUGCUAAGGCGAUCUCGUCUGAGCUAGAGGCAGAUGGGUAUACCAAGCAGCACGAGAGGAGUAGAAUCGUCGCUGUGCUGGCGGAGAAGUUAAGGGAGGCGGAUGAGGACUACGUCAGCGUAGAAGGCGGGACCUCUCUGCCGAACGGCGCUUCACACCCAGCACCGAGCAAAGACCAUAAGGACGCAGCAGGCAACGUGAAGCGUUCAGCGACAUCACCUUUGCAUUUCGUCAUCCCGUCAGAGGAGAGCGAAGCCUACCUCAGCUCAAAGCAAGCUCCCCUUUCUCCCAUCCACCAAGAGAUGCAAAACAACCUCCACGGCAAUCUGCCCAGGAUGCGCAAGCAUUUGGCCUUCUUCGAGGGAGUGAGGAAUAGCCACGCCAUCAUUGUAUGCAGGACGCCUUCGAUGCCUGUGCAUCAGAUGGGCAAGCCGGUGGUGCAGCACUUUGUUGACCACUUU